UUACUGAAUAAUUUAAAAUUGCAAUAAAGUUGAUAAUUAAACAAAUUUCCUUGUUUGUCGGUGAUUAUAAGGUUUUGUCUGUGGUUCUUCUAAUCGCGAAAUUGACAGUAUUGAUUAAAGUUGUUAAUUCUAUGCGCGAUGGAGAUGUUUCGGGCCGUGGCUAACUUCGCGCUAUUUACUUGCAACACCGGCUGUCAAAUUUUUCGACUGUUUUGUGUGUUUUAAAAAUUGAAAUAUCGAUAUGAACUGGGGAGACUGGACACCCCAAGAAAAUAUUCUACUCUCAAUCCUAGAAGUUCUGCAAGAAGCUCUGGUCCCAGAUAACGAGAUUCAGAAAAAUGUACAGCAGAAGCUCAAUCUCAUACAGAACAUCGGCGAUUUCACAUAUUACUUGCUAUUCAUAAUUUCUAAUCCAAACUAUUCGGAGGAAAUUAGAAGUUUAAGUGGAAUAUUACUGAAAAACAAUAUCAACUCAGUUUAUGACACUAUAUCACAAGAAUAUCUGUUAAGAAUACGCCAAGAAUGCCUAAGAUUGUUGCAAGAUCCUUGUAAAGAUAUCAGAAUCAGUAUUUCAAAUGUGCUUGUUAUGUUAGCCAAGGAUAACUUGGCUACUUGGCCUGAAUUAGUUCCAUUUCUUAUAAAUGCCUUUGAUGCCUCUAAUGAAUUUAGUGAAAUUGCCUUGAACACUCUUUUCAAAAUAUGUGAAGAACUAAUAAGAAAUAAUAAAACAGAUGAAGAAAUCUAUGGAAUUACCAGAAAAGUAUUCCCUAAACUCAAUGAGAUGCUUGCUCAGGAAAAAUGUAAUUUUCAUCAUGACAUUAUAAGGCUGGUGAAUCAAUUUUUACAAGAAUAUUUUAUGAUUGUAAAACAAUCUUUAGAUCUAGGUUCUUAUUUGAGAAACAUUAUGAAAUAUGCAGAUUCUGACGAUGUUGAAAUGCAAAAACAGGUUUCUAUGACUUUUGACUUAUAUUUAGACAACAGAGAAGACAGCCUUUUGCCCCAUUUGCAUGAAGUUAUACUUUAUUUGCUGGCUAAAACUCAGCAUAAGGAUAAUGAAGUGGCAUUACAAGCUUGUGAAUUUUGGUUUACCGCCACUAAGUUGGCGAAUUGUAAAGAGCUUCUGUCACCUUAUAUGGAGAAACUGCUUCCUGUUUUAUUGAAGAAUAUGAAGUAUUCAGAGUAUGAAUUGAUGGCAUUGAAGGACUGCUUAGGAAAUGAUUCAGAGGAAAAGGAUCAAUCAAAGGAUAUAUAUAGGUAUCAAAACAAGGAGAAUGGAGACGAAGAAUGUUACAGUGAUGAUGAAGACAACUUCAAUGAAGAAGUCGAUGAUUGCUACAUUGGUUGGACACUUAGGAAAUGUAGUGCAGCUUCACUUGAUGGAAUAGCUGUUAGGUUCCGUGACGAUCUACUUCCUUUACUUGUACCGUACCUAAAUGAGAUCUUAUCCCAUCAGGAUUAUUACAUUAAAGAAUCAGCAAUUCUAGCCUUGGGGGCUGUUGCGGAAGGUUGCAUGAUGGGCCUGAAGCCAUAUCUUCCAUUUUUAAUAAAUUAUCUUAUCAAUUCCAUGAAUGAUGAACAUUCCGUCAUACGGGUCAUCACCUGUUGGACUUUGGGUCGUUAUGUACCUUGGAUAAUCAAUAGCGAUCCUUCACCUCACACCUAUUUCAUACCGGUAAUGACUGUCCUAUUAAAACACUUUAUAGACGAUAAUAAGAGAGUACAGAGAGCUGCGAUUUCAGCUUUCUGCAUUUUUCAAGAGACCGCCCAAGCUAAACUUAUCCCUUACAUCGAUUUGAUUUUAGAGGGGUUCGAACAGGGGUUUCAACGGUUCCAAUGUCGUAGUCUGUACCUUUUGUACGAUGCUAUAGGCGCGCUAGCUCAGUCUGUAGGCAAUCAAUUGAGCAAACCCGAGUACAUUAACAAAUUGAUGCCUCAACUUAUGCUUAAGUUUUCACAAUGCGAUAAUUAUUCAGACGACAACUUCAUAGCGGUUUUAGAAUGUUUGUCCAACAUUAUUCCAGCUUUAGAAAUUUCGUUUCUACCAUAUUCGGAGGUGGUCUACUGGCAUUGUUUGAGAAUCAUAACCGAUACAAUACAUUCCACCAUCAAUUACAACGAAAAUCCUAGGGACAAUGAUAUACCUGAUAAGGAGCCUAUGAAUGUUGCUCAUGACGUUUUAUACAGCAUGGCUUUAGGUUUGAAGAACCAUUUCAUCAAGUACGUCAUGAACAGUAAUUUGUUGUGCUUGUUACAUUCCACAAUGAUGGAGAACAUGUCUCUGAUCCGGCAGACUGCCAUAGCUCUUUACGGAGAACUGAUUAUAUUGUGUUUUCCUUACCUCUCCACAACGGUUAGCGAGUAUAUACCGAUACUAAUCAAGAAUUUAGACGAGAAACAUGAAGGGGUGUGCAACAACGCCGCCUGGGCUUUAGGAAAACUCAGUUCCGUUAUGGGCUCUGCGAUGCAGCCCUUCAUAACGGACAUGACCGUACCUUUCGUGAACAUCCUGAGGAGUUCGAAUCUGAACCGGCCUAUGUUCAGAACUGUAGCUUUGUCUUUUUGCAUAAUCUGUUACGUGAGCAACGACAUCAACGUUCCCGAUUUGGAUUUCAUCCUGAAGAACUGUUGCAUGCUUAUUCGUAACGUUAAGGAUUCGGAAGAGAAGGAUCUUGCCUUUCGGGGGCUGUGCAAGGCGGUUGUGUCUCAUCCUAGCUUCUUCAAGGAGAACUUCAUGUACUUCUGCGACGCUGUAGCUUCCUGGAACAGCAUGAGACUUGAUUUGAAGGAGAACAUCAAGUCGAUACUGGCUUCGUUCAAGGAACAGUGUGGGGAUGAGAACUGGACCGUAUUCUAUCAGCAGUGCCCUGAACCGCUGAAGAUGCGUCUCAUCAGUCUGUACGGUAUAUGAAACUAAGACGGAGGGUAUUCGAUCGGACAGGGGGUUUAUAUCGAGGGUGGGGGGCCUGAAAGACCCCGCUCAGAAGACGUCGGAAGCGUCAUUCGCGAGGGAGGGGGAAAGACCGCGUUGUUUUAUCCGCGAAACGCUGGAAUUACGGUACGAAUUUCAAAGAAAAUCGGCGCCGCCUGUGACUAGACCGCUUCGAGUCAACCUAACCUCGAAACGGUCCCCGAUGACAGCUGUCAAGUGUGGCACUGUUUAGGUUAGUCUCCGGACACCGUGCGCAGCGCAAUUUUCUUCAGAAAUGUCCGUUCCUAAUGUGUCUGUGACUAGGGUAUAAUCUAUUUUUUCGAGGAUUUCUCUUUGCAUUUCAAAUUUAUUCAAGCAUGGAUAUCGAAGAUCAAAUUUCAGUAUUUUCAUCCUAAUUGAGUAUGAGAUAGAAGGAAAUUAUUGAGUAGAUUAGAAAUUAAACGCUCAAAUUGUGAAUUUUUGUACGUACAUUAUGCAUGAACUAGAUCAAAAUCAAUUUAAUCUUAUGACGGAUUAUCUAACUGCAUGACAAGAUAUAUUUUAUUAUAAAGUAUAAGACGAAAUUUAUGGAUUUUACGAUAAAUCUCGUAGUCUAAACACAAUAUUUUUUUUUGUUUUCUAAUGUGAAUUCAAGGGAAGCAACUUUUUGGUUUUGUUAAGAAUAUGUAUUGGUCAUCUUUGUUAUGUUAGUCAAAUGAUUAUUUUAUGCAAUCUAUGAGAUAUGUAUAAAAUCACUUUUUUUAUACUUGUAUAACAGCCGAGUGUUAAUAAAUAUUUUAGAUAUUUCA